UAGAGAGCCCCCCCUGACCCAACAAGAGUAAUUGAGCUUCACGGACCCCCUCUGGGUUUAAAGCUCUCUCUCUCUCUUUCUCUCUCUCAAGACUCCUCUCGCUCUUAUCCUCUUCAAAAAUUUGCUUCCUUUCUCUCUCAUUCUUCACCAUCUCUCUCUCUCUCUCUCUCUCUCUGUGUUUUGGUUUGAGAUCGACUUUGACACUUUUUUGAGAAGAUGACUGGGUUUUCAGAAGCCGAAAGCGUCACUCUUGACCUACUCAAGAAGAAGAUGGCGGAGUUUGCUAGAGAGAGAAACUGGGAUCAGUUCCACAGCCCCAGAAACUUGCUCUUGGCUCUGGUGGCUGAAGUGGGAGAGCUUUCUGAGAUAUUUCAAUGGAAAGGAGAAGUUCCAAAGGGCCUUCCUGAUUGGAAAGAAGAGGAAAAGCAACACCUGGGUGAAGAGCUCUCUGAUGUCCUGCUCUAUCUGGUCAGGCUCUCUGACAUAUGUGGUGUUGAUCUUGGCAAAGCUGCUCUGCGCAAAGUUGAACUCAAUGCCAUUAAGUACCCAGUUUCACAGAAACAGAACCAGAACCAGACCAAUGGCACCACCAACGCCCACACAACCACCGCCAUUAACACCAGCAAUGACAAUAACAACACAGAAGAGAUCACUGGUUGAUUUCAAUGGCAGAAACCCACCAUGGGCCACCACAUCUUUUUACUUUCUGCAGGGUCGGUGUUAAUACUACUACUAUAUUUGGGUGCAUGAGGUUUUAUAAGGCUAUGCUGGCUUGGAGCAUAGGAGUGUAGCUUUUUGGGGAUGGCCGUCAUUGCUCGAGUCAGACUACUGUUGGUGGUGUUUUGGGCAUUUAUUCUCACAGAUUUUCUUAGUGUUUUUGGCUUCUGAAUCGAAUCCCUCUGACAGUUGUGAGAUACGGUGCUGAUACUAAUAUAUCUUCCUUUCCUUUCCUGUUCA